AUGAUUCAUUCUAGCGAUCAUAAUCAUAGAAGGAAAAAACAUUCAUAAUUUAAGCAUUAAGCCGGGCCUCUUAUCAUAUUUUUUACUGUCCUAAUGCCAACCAAUUGUGUUAUUUUAGAAUAGUUUGUAUCAAUUAUGAAAAGAUUAGUUUUUCGAUAUGAAACAGGAUUCUAUAUCUGAAUUAAUAAAUGGAUUUUUAGUUUGUCUUUCUUAUGCCAUGGCUAUGUGGUCAUAUUACUAAUCAAUUAAAAUAAAAAAUUACACAAUAGAGAAGGCUACUCCAAUUUAAGAUAAUAGAAGAAUUGAUCCUUUGUACAAAAACACUAAUUUGUGUCUUUAAUGUAAUAAAUGGAAACCUAUACGAUCUCAUCAUUGUUCCCUAUGUGGCAAAUGCAAUUUAAAAAUGGACCAUCAUUGCCCUUGGAUUAACAAUUGUGUAGGUUUAAGAAAUCAUAGAUCCUUUUAUCUCUUUACAAUGUAUAUGACUGUAUUAAAUCUUAUAUAUUAAUAGAUCGGUGCAUUGUAAUACAGCUUUGCCUCUUGGGUUUAUUUUAGAUAUUUGUUUCGAAGUAGCAACGGGUUCUUUUCUCAUUAAUCGAUCUUCUUUUAUAUUUAUUGGUUUUUAACGAGUUUGGUUAUAUACCCAACUUGUGCUAUGUUGUGUUUCUUAUUUGUUUAUCAUACCUCACUAAUUAUUAAUAAUUAGACUACAUUGGAAGAAAUGGAAAGCAGUGAAAGUGGAAAUAGUUGUUGUUUACAAAAUCGUGGGCCUCCGAAAAAAAUCAAUUUGUUCGAUAGAGGAAUACUAUCUAACAUAGCUUGGUUUUUUAAUUACUCCUAUUUUUGGUUUCUUCCAUUUGAAAACAUAUAUAAGUAGGAUGGUAAAUUAAAAUUAUUAAACAAGGCGCUUAAUAUCCAAUUGCUCCAUUAUGUACCAUUUAAGAUAUAUAAAUCAAUAAUCCAUAAGUGCAAACUGGAUAAAUACCGAAUUAAUAAUUUGAUUUUGAUAAAAUCGACCAAAAAUAUGAAGAAUACUUAGCAAUUGUCAAACAGAAAUACAAAAAUAAAAGACUAGUACUUAUUGGAAAAGAAAUAUAACUUGAUUGA